AUGGGCAAGAACCAGCACAGCAAGGACAUGCUCCACCUGCGGCCUACAGAGUGGGCGCAGGAUGGAAGGGGUUUCAAGGCAACAAAAUGGACUCCAUUUUCAAAACUGCCUCUUAACUGCUGCUCUUUGUCCUUGCAGCCGUUCGACAAACCAGUCGCAACCCGGGACGGGUCGGUCUUUGAGAUCACCUACAUCCUGAAGUACAUCAAGCGAUAUGGCAAGCAUCCGGUGCAUGGUGGCAAGCUAGAAGUGAAAGAGCUCAUACCACUGCACUUUCACAAGAACGCACAGGGCAAUCUCCAUUGCCCGGUUACCUUCAAGGUGUUGGGCAACAACACUCCGGUGUGCGCGAACGUCAAGUCCGGGCAUGUCUACUGCUUGGAAGCGGUGCUGGAGCUCAACAAGAAGAACAAGAACUGGAAGGACCUGAUGACUUCGCAGCCCUUCACGUGGGCGGACAUCAUAAUGCUUCAAGAUCCCGACAAGAUUGAGGGACGCGAAGUGUCCAAGUUCUACUUCAUCGUGAUGGGACAGCAGGAUGAGGUGGUCCGUGAGAUCACCAACCCUGAGAGCAAAGCAUCUUUGCAAACGGACGACAAGAUCCGUCCAAAUGCGGCUGUCGCGCGGAUCUUCGAGGAGAAGGAACGACUAGCCGAAAAGAAGGCGCAGGAGGAGGCCGCGAAGGAAGCAGCCGAUCCGGAAGCAGCUGCUGCUGCAAAAGCUGCAGCUGCCGAGGCUAAAGCUAAAGCGCAGGAGUUGGAGGAGGCUCGACAGAAACGGAAAACCAACGAGCGCUACACAUCCAAUGAAGCCGCAGCUUCCUUCACCUCCACUGCUGCACCUCUAAAGUCAAAGAAUGAGCUGCGCAAGCUCACGGAAGAAGAAGAGUUACAGGACAUCUACGAUCAGGUUCGCAAGAAGAAGCAAAAGGGCUACGUCCGAAUGGUCACCUCCCACGGUUGUCUCAACUUGGAGUUGCACUGCGACAUUGCCCCGCGGACCUCGGACAACUUCUUGCGCCUCUGCGAGAAGAGCUACUACGACAACACGAUUUUCCACCGACUGAUCCGGAAUUUCAUGCUGCAGGGAGGCGAUCCCACUGGCACCGGCCGCGGUGGUGAGAGUGCAUUCGAAGGCGGCAAGGGCUUCAAAGAUGAGUUCGACUCUCGACUGGUUCACCAGGGACCCGGAGUUCUCAGCAUGGCCAACAACGGCAAGAAUACGAACAGGAGUCAAUUCUUCGUCUCGCUCAAGUCUUGCGAACACCUGAACAACAAGCAUUCGGUGUUUGGUCGAGUGGUGGGAGGUCUGAAGCUCUUGGAGGUCUUCAACAACUGGGAGACGGAUCCAAAAGACAAGCCGGUGAAAGAGAUCCAGCUGGUUCGGAUGGAGGUCUUCAAGAAUCCCUUCAAGGAAACCGUCGAGGAGAUGAACAAGCCAAAAGUUGAAAAGGUGGUUGAUCCGGUGGCCACCUGGUUCAGCAACCGGAAAGAUCCGAUGCAAGGGCACAAGAACCGCAACUCCACAGAGGUGGGCAAGUACCUUGAGGAGGAGCUCCUACCGGGCGAAAAAAGGAAGAAGGAGAUGCCAUCGGAAGAGUUGGAAUACGCGAACAUUGCACAGAAGUCCAAGAAGGCCCGCACGGACUUCGACUUCUCCAUGUGGUGA